UGCUGUCUGGGACGGCUGCGUACGUGUCACGGGCAUCCAGUCCUCAGCUAGCCGUACGUUCUUCAAAUCAGCUGAAAGACUGACAAUCAGUCUGCUCCUGUCUGAAGGGAAUAAACCUCGAAUAAGUGUAGGCAGUGGACGCACAAUAUUGUACACCUAGUGAAAAAUCGCACCAUGAAAUACGCUGAAACGUCAUUCAGAGGAAGAUGGAAAAAGAGAGCGGUUUGGUUCGCUGUGGUCUGUCUAUUACUUACGUUUUGGAUAUUAGGGAGGAGGUACCCAACAGGGAACAGCAUUGCUAACACUCUGUCAUGGCCAAGCGAUGGUUACCAAUUGGCAGUUCAUAAACUCACUUAUUCGUCCAAAAAGAAUCAUCCUGAUCGACACAAACCUAUGAAGAAAGAGAGCUGGAUGGAGGAGGAUUCGGUCCCUCGGGAAAAUGCCACGUGCGACAAAUGUUGCUAUCGCUACACCACCAUCGACAAGGGACUCGUGAAAAUUCGGAGCAAAUCGGAUCUCCGCAAAAGGGGCUGCUCCAAGAGGUUCCCGGACGCCAUCAUAUUCGGCGUGAAGAAGGGUGGAACCACCACCUUGAAGAACUUCCUGAGCUACCAUCCUGACAUCGCUUUCACCCAAAGGGAGGUGCAGUUCUUCACCUCGACUGAGGAGAGGUCGAAGGGAUUGGAAUACUAUCGGAGCAGAAUGAUUCAAUCAAUCCCAGAUCAGAUUACCAUGGAGAAGUCACCCGCCUAUUUCCAGUACCGGGGUAUCCCUGCCCUGAUCCGGAAGGCUCUGCCGCGCGUCAAACUCAUCACCAUCAUGCGCGAUCCCGUUCAACGGGCCAUUUCAGACUACGUGCACAUGCGCGUCACGAUGGCUAAAAAGUGCAACCUCACGUCCUCCAUUGCGCCGGACGCCAAGUGUCAAGUCGACUCCGCAAAUUACUUCAUCGGCAACACAUUCGAAGAGUCCGUCAUAAACUCCAGCGGGGAGGUUAGCCGUACCAAUCUUCUAGUCGCGAAAGGGGUCUACGUCACUGUCUUACGGGGUUACCUAAUGUACUUCCACCCAAAGCAGAUUCUUGCAAUAGACGGUGAAGCGUUUAUCAACGACCCCUAUCCAGCGGUCAAACGCGUAGAACAGUUUUUAGGUAUUAGGGAUUACUUCACGCCCGACCACUUCUACUUCGAAGCCCAGAAAGGGUUCUUCUGUCUCAAUAAGCCCAUCCCCAGGAACUGUAUGAGAGAGGCAAAAGGGCGCCCCCAUCCGGAUGUCGACGACGCGACUCUGCUGAAGCUGCGGGAUUUUUACCGGCCGUACAACAAGGCAUUAAACCAACUCAUGAAAGUUGAUUUCCGUUGGUCCUCUUAGGCGUAGUACGAACGACAAGAAGAAUGACUGUUUUUUUUUAUCGUUCGCCGAAGUACUCACUGUGUGGCAUGAGUUGGAGCGAUUGCAACACACUGACUGGCGCUUCGUCUUGAUGCAAGCGAACUGUAUACGUUUCCGCCAUCUUGGUUCCCUCAAAGUCUGUGCUGAUACACCGUAUGUGUACGUUAAGCUUCAUUCAUGACAAACAUUAAUCACGUGUUGUCUUGUCAGUGAACAAACAAAGACCUAACCCAUGAACCUGUUUCCUUCAUUGCGCUUGCAUACGUGUUGAGGGGAGAAAGAUGCUUGGCGUUUUUUCGUGUAUUAUAAAGGUCGGUUCAAAGCGGAAACGAACGCGAAUUUGUGACGCUCGUUUUACUGCAGGGGAAAACGCAACGGUAUGCAGGGCAGAUCAAAUGUUCGCGUUACGAAUUGGCGAACACAUUCCACCUCGAGAGAAAAUUUCGCUACAAAUUCGCUUCGCUUUUGCAUUCGCCUGAAGUAUGAACCGGCCUUUAGGCCUGGACUAUUUGCGGUGCAACUGCCGUGCCGAACUUAAAUAAAUUGAUUUCCGCUCUGCUGUAGCACGGUGUUUAACGCCUAUUCGAAUCGGCAAAUUGCAUUCGGCGGGACAAGCUCUGCAGGACAUGCUGCGUAAUAGGUGUUCUGAAUGAUAGUGGCGUGACCAUGGUCAGCGCAAUUGCCACUCUAUUGCCGUGCUAUUACCACGUUCGUGUUAAUUUCGGCACAGCAAUAGCACGCGUCACGACGUAUACAGCCGCGGCCAUGGUGCUUAUGUGUAUUCUUGUGUGCAUGCAAAAUAAUGAUGUAUCUUGGCCGCCAGCCAACUGGAGCCUUUGAUCAAAAAGGACAAGUUUGUGAUUUGCCGAUAUUGCUUCAACUGACGCUUUCUUUGCGUAAGGUAGAUGCUUGCCGAUGGACCGCAAUCACGUGAUGCAACUUCAAGCUUAUCCUAGACAUUCGCUGAGCGAAUAUAUAUCUUUUCCAUAAGCUAUACGGUUUGUGCACAUUCAAUUGAAAAUUGAGUAGCGCGUAUUCAAUCCCCAUUGAAGACGAAUCCGGGCUGUGUGAUCACCAAGUGGGCACCAGAAAGGUUCUUCGUAAAUGGCGGGAGCUUCAAGCCACUUUUUGCUGGAAUAAUGGGCCCUUGAUGGUUGCUUCUUUUCUGAGUGCACUGCGUUCGCGCGCCUGGAUUCGUCUAUAAACGCAUGUAAUCGCAGUUCUAAACAGCAUACAUGCGCGUGCACGCGUCUUUCCUUACUCAUGGCCUGGUACCCCGACGUGACAAUUCAUAGGCAGCGUCCAAAUCACUUGGUUCUGGCUUAAAAUAAUACACGACUCUAUGGGAACCGUCCGCGGCCACUACCAUAGAGUACCGAAAUGUGACGUCACUGUGAACCAGAAAGUGCAGUGCAAACGAAAGGAGUAUACGCGCGCAUGUUGGUUCACGCGCUGGUUCUCGCGCUAAUGCCUUUUACACACUAAUUGUGUGCGUGACGUAUUCACAACGGUAAUCUAUAGACUUGCGUGUAAUUUUAGGCCGCAACCAAAUAAUUUCGACACGGCCUUCAGGGUCUUUGUAGCCGAGAAGCUACCGGUGUUGCGUGGCCAAAACAUGGAGAAUUCAAACCACUUCUGAAAAUGAGGGAAUUCAUCCAAACGUGAUUUCGUUACCUUUCAGCAGCUAAUGCUCCCAGCAGUUGGAAGUUUGUAAAUGGAACGUGGUUGCACUGAACAUAUUUUGCCACGCAACUUGGUGCCAACCUUGGCCAAGCCAUGAGGUUAAAUAUAAUGCUUGUUUUUUAAUUGUUUGUUUGUUUGUUUUUAAUCUGAACGAAUAUGACAGGGGCAAAGUCUGUGUUCACGGGCAAAGUGUACUUUGUUGUUGCUUUCAACUCCCAGAUUGCAUGUGAAAUGAGGACUUCUGAUGUGCAAGUAGUUGGUUAUGUACAAAAGGGCGGGUUUGGAACCAAAUCUGGCGAUUGAUAUUUUUAUUUAAUUAAACGAAAAAUUCGCAAAGUUCCUUAAAAAUACGUUCUUAGUCUUUUAGAGGAGAGACGCUACAUUGUGGGUCUUUGUACACGCUUUGGGAAGGGAGAAUAUAAUAGUCCAAAGAAAACUGCUUUCUUAUUCUUUUUUCCAAAAAGCCACGCAAAGAAUUUGAUCCACCGAUUGUUUUCCAGACCUUUGCGGUUACCUGUUGUAGUGGUCGUGUAGAAUAAGACCGCCUAGCUGACGCAUUCUUUGGCUGGUCACAGAGUGACACGUACUGUCUGUGACGUAAGUCCAUGAGGUCACACUGUCAUAUCCGGAGGGGCAAAAGGGACCCCCCUGGACAGAGUUUUUUUUUUGGAAAAAACAAUGAAAAGAGGGCAAUUUAGUUGUUGUUGGAUAUUUUCACUUACCAUCCUCCAAAAAGCGUGUAAAAGGGGGGUAUAUUUAGCCCCAGGCAAUUAGAGGUUUCAAGAAUUUUUAAAAAAUCGCUCCCAACAAAAUAUCGCCCCUACUCUCAAAAAUUUGUUUUUAGACACGCUCUUAUUAGGGAAGCAUCCACUUUCUCUGAAGCCACAUCCAAGGACUGUUCGCUGUGUCGGAUUUCGACAUUAUUUUUGUGUUUUUUUUAUUUUUGUUUUGUGUAAAUAGGAAUUGAUACACAUACUGAAAUAAAUUAUGAAAGAUGAUUUUCAUCAAAGAAUACGGGCGUUUCACAAUAGUGCGCCUCCAGGAGUUUGCAACG